AUGAUACGAUCACGACUUCUUCAGAAGGCUGCAGUGCUGGUGGCAGCUGCGGCAGCAGCUGUUGUCUCUGCCAGCGACAACACGACCUGGAGUGGAUCGGCGGCGACUCCUCCUCUCUUCCUAAACAACAAUACCCAGAAGUUCGCAGUCGACGGAGCAACUUUACCAGAAUUCUCAUUCGACAUUGGCGAGUCAUACGCUGGAUUGCUUCCCAUUUCCUCUGACCCCAACGACGAAAACAAGCUGUGGUUCUGGUUCGUUCCUUCAACAAACCCCGAGGCAUCCAAAGAAGUUAUUGUCUUUUUCAAUGGGGGUCCAGGCUGCUCGAGUCAGAUUGGAAUGUUCUACGAGAAUGGACCCUUCCUCUGGCAAGAUGGCACCUUAGAGCCUGUCUCCAACCCAUGGGCCUGGUCAAAGUUGACAAACGUCAUGUGGAUCGACCAGCCGGUCAACACCGGAUACUCUACAGGCACGCCGACGGUCGAAAACCAAAACGACGUUGCCGACCAAUUCCUCGGCUUCUGGAAGAAUUUCAUCGACACGUUCUCACUCCAAGGUGCAGAUGUUUAUCUUUCUGGCCAGAGUUAUGCUGGGCGAUACCUAUCAUACAUUGGGACAGCUAUGCUGGAUGCCAAUGAUACGACCUACUACAAUCUGCAAGGAUCCAUGUUCAUUGAUACCCUAAUCGCCGACCAUCAAAUACAGCAGGACUUUGAUGUAGUCCAAUUUGUUGACAAGCAGAACGAAUUCCUUCACCUCAAUGAUACGUUCUUGGACCAGAUUCGCUACGCCUCGGACGCCUGUGGAAUUGAUGAAUACCGAAGUACCCACCUUGUGUAUCCUGGCAACGCCAACGCGAGUACUGAUCUGCCAUCGAUCGAGACAUACGACUACGAUGGCGUCGAGAGAGCAUGUGAAGAUAUCACCGCAGACGUCCUCACCGCCCUCACCAGCAUAAACCCCUGCUUUGACGAAACUCACAUCUCAAACUACUGUCCAAAACUGGCAAGCGCUCUUGGAUACCCAACGUAUACUGUACCAACCUUCUCAGAUGAUGAUGAGGAGGAGGAGUAUGACGUGAUCGACAAGCGUGCCUACGAUUUCAAACAGCCAUACCUGAACCGAGAAGACGUCAAACUUGCGCUACAUGCGCCCCUUGCCAAAUUCUGGGUGCUUUGCAACCAAAAGGGAGUCUCAGUCAAUGGGACAACGAUUAGUGCCAAACAGCCUGUCAAAGGCAAGCUAGGUGAUCUGAUCGAGCGGAGUCAGCGGACGGUUAUUGUCCAUGGCGCCUUAGAUAUGCAGGUUACUGUGAAUGGGACUUUGUUGGCACUUCAAAGUAUGGAAUGGGGUGGAGAAACGGGUUUCUCGACUCCGCCGUCUGAGGACUUCUUUGUGCCGACGCACUCCAACCGUGCCAUUGCUGCAACGGCGCCAAAGGGGAAUUCUGGAAAGGUGAUCACGGAACGCGGGCUCACUUUCGUCGAGGUCUUUGGUGCUGGCCACCAGGUCCCACGAUACAACCCCUCAGGCUCAUAUCGGCAAUUGGAAUAUCUGCUCGGAAGGGUUGACUCUUUGACUGAGAACAUCCCCUUUACGACCGAUACGGCUUAG